UCCCAAAAAAAAAUCUCCCCCUAAUAUAUCACCACCUUCUCUCUGUUGGUCCCAUGAGACACAGACACAGUCGCACUCUCCGCCUUUCUCAGAGAAAAACCCGCUUUCUUCCUCUUCAACUAACUCGCUCACUCGCUCCCUGACUCACUCACUCGAAGUUCGUUCUUUAUGAAGAACUCUCACUCGUUUCAGUAACCGUAACCAAAACCUGAACCUCUCUUCUUCUUCUUCUUCAACAUUGCACUCUCUUCUUCUUCGCUUGCACAAAUGGAAAAGAAGCAGGGUUUCUUCGCAGCUCUUAAAGAAGAAGUGGUUCGUGGCCUCUCCCCCUCCCGCUCUCGCUCCCGCUCCAACAGCCCCGCCCGAACCACUUCGCCGUUUUCGGCUUUGCUCCGGAGAAGGAAGAGCAGCAGCAACAACGGCUAUUGCAAUCCUUACGCCGCGCAGCCGGACACUUUGGUCGCGAGAUCAGGGAGCUUCAGGCCUGUUCUUGGAGAGACUUUAACGCCGUUGAUUGAAGGUCCGGAUCCUGAUGGAGGGGAAGUGGAGUCUAAGCGGGUCGGUUCGGGUAUUGGACAGUGGAUGAAAGGGCAGUUAUCGAGGACUCCGUCGGUUACAAAUGUGGCGUACCGGAGGUCUGAUCUGAGGUUGCUUCUUGGUGUUAUGGGUGCACCCCUGGCUCCAGUGCACGUUAGCACCUUGGACCCUUUGCCUCACCUUAGCAUCAAAGACACACCUAUUGAAACUUCCUCUGCUCAAUACAUAUUGCAGCAGUACACAGCAGCCUCUGGUGGGCAGAAGUUGCAGAACUCUAUUAGAAAUGCAUAUGCAAUGGGAAAGGUUAAAAUGAUAGCUUCAGAAUUUGAAACGCCCACCAGGGUGGUGAAGAACAGGAAUGGCUCUAGGGGUGUUGAGUCAGGUGGGUUUGUGCUCUGGCAGAUGAAUCCUGACAUGUGGUAUGUUGAGCUUGCAGUUGGCGGCAGUAAGGUUCAUGCUGGCUGCAAUGGCAAACUAGUUUGGAGGCACACUCCAUGGCUUGGUGCCCAUACUGCAAAAGGUCCUGUUAGACCGUUGCGUCGUGCACUUCAGGGUCUUGAUCCAAGAACCACAGCUAGUAUGUUUGCUGAUGCAAGGUGCAUAGGAGAAAAGAAGAUCAAUGGUGAGGAUUGCUUUAUAUUAAAGCUAUGUGCUGAUCCUCAAAUGCUCAAGGCCAGGAGUGAGAGCCCUGCAGAGAUCAUAAGGCAUGUCCUGUUUGGCUAUUUCAGCCAAAAGACUGGUCUGCUUGUUCACAUGGAAGAUUCACAUCUGACACGGAUCCAGUCUAAUGGUGGUGAUGCAGUUUACUGGGAGACCACAAUUAAUUCAUUCCUUGAUGAUUACAGACCUGUGGAAGGGAUUAUGAUUGCCCAUUCUGGUCGCUCUGUGGUGACCCUUUACAGGUUUGGUGAGGUUGCAAUGAGCCAUACUAAGACAAAGAUGGAGGAAGCUUGGACUAUUGAAGAGGUUGCAUUCAAUGUUCCAGGACUUUCAGUGGAUUGUUUUAUCCCUCCUGCAGACUUAAGAUCAGGGUCAUUCAGUGAAGCUUGUGAGCUACCUCAGGAUGAAAGAGGAAAGAGUGUAAUGGCAUUAGCAGCACAUCGGGCAAAAGUUGCAGCACUAGAGAAACAACAUGAUACUGACAGUAUGAUAUGGAAGAUGGAGGUCUGAGUAAGGGUAGGAUUGAAUUAGGGAAGUUGUUCAUACCGCUAGCCAGUUUAAUUAGCUAACCCAUUAGAAGUUGCAAGUAGGAGAUGAAGUCAAUUUUUUUGACUUCGGCAUGUUCCUCUGUUAAUCUGUAAAUAGAGCAUAAUCAUUCACAGGUCAACUAGCCCUGAAUGAGUCUUUAUACUCUUAAUACAGAAUCCAACUAGGGAGUUGGAGCUCAGUUUUCCAGAUAGGGAUAGAGCAAAUGGAGGUCAAUUUUUAGUUUACCUUCCAUGCCCAGGAGGAAGGUGGUGAAGUUCUAACAAAGCAGAACCAUUAACCUUUUUAUAGUUCUAAUGCUUUUGCCUGAAUGCAUACUGCAGUGGCAGCAAGAAGGGAAACUGCUGCUUGCCAACAUGAGUUUAAUGCUGAUUUCUAGUUUGUUCAUUAUCAAUUUACUGUUUUGUGGAUUUGUUACUCAGUUUUUUUUUGGUGGUUGUUUAAUUGAUGUAAACGUUGUUUCUGGGUUGUGAAGGAAAUGGAAUUUUCUGAUGAAAGAGGGGAGAACAGAUGAGAUGAAUUAGAUUGUUAACUGCAAUUACAAAAUUAUGCAUCUGAGCUAUAUGUAUUUGGUUAUUUAGUAGCAUUUGAUCAGUGCUUCUGAAAAAGAAUGUAACGAAACUUUGUUGAUCAACUAUUGAAUACUUGUGAUGAAUAUAGAUAUCAGAAAUCUCUCUCUCUCUC